CAACGCGGUAAAAACUGUCCUCAACCAUGUCCACAUCCAAGGCCAGCAAGAGCGGCAAGGGACAGAAGAGGCUCACUUCGUUCUUCGGCGGAGGAUCAAAGACCGAUCGUGAGACGAAGAAGAAAGUUGGGAAGGGAAUGUCGACGGAGGAUGACUCGGAGAACGAUGUUUACGACGACGAGCCUGAAGUAUCCGAAGAGGACGAUACACCCAUGCAGUCGUCGAAAACAGAUGGAAAGAUAGAGUCUUCUAGUUUGCCCCCACUGCACGACAUCCCUGCAAUGUUUGCUGAUCUCGUUUCGCGUGUACCGCUGUUGAAAGGCGUUGCCGAGCAUGUCCAAGGACGGAAACUACGUGUCGCCACGAUGUGUUCCGGCACUGAAUCGCCCCUCCUUGCUCUAGAAAUGAUCUGCCAAUCCAUUAAAGACCAGCAUGGGAUUGCCUUGGAGUUCGAGCAUGUCUUUUCAUGCGAGAUCGAGCCAUUCAAGCAGGCAUACAUCGAGCGUAAUUUCAAACCACCGUUGCUCUUCCGGGACGUUUGUGAACUCGGUGACUACGAAGCAACAACCGCUUACGGAGCACUUGCGCCUGUCCCUGGAGACGUGGACUUACUCGUUGCCGGCACGUCCUGUGUCGACUAUUCCAACCUGAAUAACGAGAGGAAGGGGAUAGAUGGCGGAGGUGAAUCAGGUCGAACUUUUCAUGGCAUGAUGUCCUGGGUCUCAAAUCAUCGACCGCCCCUGGUUAUCUUGGAGAACGUCUGUUCUGCACCUUGGGAUCGCGUCAAGGAUUACUUCAAACGACAAGGUUACAGCGCGGACUUCCUCAGAGUUGACACGAAACUGUACUAUAUCCCUCAUACCCGUACACGUGUCUAUCUGCUUGCCGUUGACAGCCGGGGAUCUAACAUUCCCAUGGAGUGGAAAAAUUGGAUUGGGACGAAGCUCAAACGGCCAGCUUCAUCGACAUUGGAUGCAUUUCUGCUUCCAUCGGAUGAUCCACGCAUUCAUCAAGCGCGACAAAAACUGGUGCAAGAUAGUGGUAGUGUCUCGGAGUCACGAGCAGGACGCAUUGACUGGACAAGGUGUGAGUCGCGUCAUGCACGCGCAAGAUUGGAGGAGGCGUUGGGUCCGAAGCGUCCGCUUACGAACUGGGAAGAAGGCGGUGCUUGUCGGAUGCCUGAUUUCGCUUGGCAAGAUUGGGGGAUACGACAGGUAGAGCGUGUUUGGGAUUUGAUGGAUAUCAGCCUCUUGCGCUCUGCUAAAAUUGCUGUUGACCCAUCCUACAAGACGCUCGUCUGGAAUCUUUCACAGAAUGUCGAUCGCUCCACUGGCUCCAGCAAGCCGGGCAUAUGUCCGUGCCUCACGCCAUCAAUGAUUCCGUACAUUACCAACCGCGGUGGCCCGAUGGUAGGGGUGGAAGCGUUGGCUAUGCAAGGCUUGCCGGUCGAUAAGCUCCUCCUGACCCGAGAAAGCCAGGACGAGCUGGCUGACUUGGCCGGAAACGCGAUGUCUUCUACUGUCGUGGGUGCUUGCAUAAUUGCGGCUUUAGUUGUUGGAAGGAAGCUUUUGAAAACUGGCGACGACAAAGAAACAUACGAGAUGAAAAAGUUGGAUACAGUAGAGGCGACGAAAGAAGAGAGCGCUAUGGACGUCGAUUCUUCGCAAACAUCCGGUCUCCGCAUAGAGGACCAUAUUUCGGGUCAUGAUCAGUUGGUAGAAAAGCCACUGGAUUUAUCGGCGACACGAACGAACGCUGUUGAAAGCCGAAAAGAAAUCACUACGAGGGAGCUUCUUCGUUGUAGAGACUGUGGUUCUUCGUCUUGUAAGAAGUGCGCUGGUCGUCCCGAACACAGCUUCGAGCCUUUGGAUGUGCAGACUGUUGCACGCCUCCCUCCGCCCACCUUUGUGCGGGAACUCAAGUCCAUCCUUCCUAUGUGUCUGUCAAUUACAAGCGUCACCGAGCAGCUUCUCGAUCAACUGAGGGACUCAGCACGCGUUUCCAUUCCAGAAAAGCGCUGGACUGGCUGGCGCGCUGCUGUCCUCAGGGCUACGGGAUCAGAGCUGCGGUUCGUGGAACCAAAGAGACAGGAAAUUUGGUCUGCUGUAUACCAGUCACCCACGGCUACCCUUGAGUUGUAUCUUGACCCGAAGCAGACCGAGUGGCGCCUGUACGCCAAGCCUCUGGAUAGCGAACCUGCAAACGCGGAAAUUCGUCGACUCUUACAGCUCCCCGUCGCUAGAUUCAAGUGCAGUGGCGAUUUUCUCCAGGGCCGCUGGCAGUUCGCCAUGCCCCAUGUCACUGAACUGCGCAUCACCGUUACUGGUAGUGGGCAGCUUGUGCCCUCCUGGGAAGCUCGCCUCGGUUUGCUAGAAGACAAGUUUAAGAACAAGCGUGUUCACUCGCAUUUGAACAUCUCUGUCCCAGAGCAUCAGAAAUCUCUAUUCGACCGGGACGUUUCAGGAACUUACGCACUUCUCGACAAGUGUGGUACUGCCUGUGGCGCCCUUCACAGGAGAGUAGAGAGCGCAGACUGCGAAUCGUUACCACCCUUAUUCAUGAUGCUUGAUCCGACUCGAUGCGGGGACGCCAAAGAUGACUCUUUCGUCUUCACGAGCACCAUGCGGAGGUACGAGUAUGGUGAAUUCCGGCCGAUCAUUUGCAAACUGGCGCCGUCUUGGCGUCAGUCGGACGCUGAAGGAGACCAAUCUGUUGUAUGUCACAUCCCCGUCCUUUGGACUGAUUCGAAUACAGUGGUGCUUGAGCCUCGCCUUCUUUCACAUGCAACUUUCGCUGUUCCUCAGUGCUCGCUGAGCGUCGAGGUUUCGACCGACGCUUGUGCACAAGCUAUGGCCCUUCUUUCAUGCAACGUCCCUAUUCCUGAUGACGCUGAAGAAUGGAGGGAGGUGGACAAGCUCAAUGAACGAGCGACCUUCAGGGCUCUGGCGUGGCUUCUUGAGCGGAUUCGACAUGUUGAUGACAACUUGAAACAAUGGCAGCUUCUGACGAUGCCUGGGGAACUUCGUCACUGCCAACGUUGUGCUCCCGUGUCACCUACUAUCAAGUGGAAGAAGGACGGCAAGAAGGUCAUAGCCAUCGAAGAUUCGCAGGAGGCCGGUCAAUAUGAGCGGGAUCUCAAACUCCGGCCUAGUCCUUUCGUCACACAGCUGAAAUUAGACAAGAAUAUUGGCCGUGUAAGAGUUGGGCUUAACAUUGCUUCGUUACUGCACCGCGCACUCUCACGCCUACCUGCCGGGAACCGCACUGAAAGCCCAAGCUUGUCCUGGCGUCUAGAUACCGAUUUUGCCCCGGCGGUGAAGAUAAGUCUUCCACCCUACCGACUGUUGAGCAACAAGAACGACGUUGAACAUGCUCAACCACCCCAUUUUGGACCUCUCCCCCUUCGACCAGAGCAACUGCGCUCUCUUACCUGGAUGCUUGAGCGUGAAGCCAUGGAUGCUCCGCCGUUCGUGGAGGAGGAAAUUUCAGAGGCUACUCUCGAGGCCCCUUGGAUGGCGAUGCGGGGGGGUGUCCUUGCUGACCAAGUCGGUUACGGAAAGACGGCCAUCACACUCGGACUGAUCGACUGCGCGUAUAAUGACGUGAAGGAGGAGCUCGAACACAAGAAGGACAUCUACGGAAAGGUGCCUGUGAAGGCGACGCUUGCCAUUGUUCCACCCCAUCUCACGCGUCAGUGGGCUUCUGAAGCGAAGCGAUUUGCCCCGAAACGGUUCAAAAAGACGGUCGUCGUGUCAACUGCGUCCCAGAUCAACUCCUUGACCAUCGAAGACGUUCAGCAAGCGGAUCUGGUUAUUGUCGCUUCCAACCUUUUCCAAAGCAAUGUCUAUCUUGCUAAUUUGGAGGCACUUGCUGCUGCCGGUACCCUCCCACCCCAAGACGGUCGUUAUUUCAAUGCCAGGUUAGACAUUUGCCUGGAGGGGUUGAAAGAGCAAGUGGAGUUGCUCAAGACCGGAAGUCCUGCCAAUGUCAUGAGAGCAGUUCGGGAUGCCCGACGAAAAGAGGAAGAGCUCGAAGCUCAAGUUUUUGUUGCGCAGAAACGCCUCAAAGGGAAGCAAUACAAAGAAGCUGCUGAGAAAAAAGAGAAGGCGAAGUUGAAAGAAUCGAAAUCACUUGACUAUUUUCCAGCUAAACUUACCCCAUCUGGCCAAAAACCCUCAGUCGUCAUUAACAAACUCCCUCCGAAGACGAAGCGUCGGAUAGUUGAUUCAGAAGAUGAGGACGACGAGGACAACACGACUCGCCCAAAACGUAAAUCCACUGCAAAAGUUAUCGUGAUCGACUCCGACUCCGAUGCAGCCGGUGAAGGCGGGAAAUCGAAGCCGUCGCGUUCAAUUGCCAAACCGACGCCGCCUCCCUCGUCAAGGAGCGUCACGGGCGACGAAGAAACUGCGGACAACUCGUCAGAGGACGAGAAACCCAAGAAGAAAGCGGUGGCAAAGGGCAAGAGUGUCAAGAGGGAAUCGAAUUCUAGCGCGGAUGAUAGCAUGGACGUAGACGACGCGCCGUCGGCAGCUUCUGCGUCAUCGCGUAAGAAGCGAAAGGCAACAGAUAGCUCAGAUAAGCCUACCAAGAAACAAAAGCGUCGCGAGGACACGGAUCCGUGGCACCUUGAGUCUGUCGCGGUGAGGAGGAACUGGGCAGAGAUGCGCUCCCCACCAUUGGAAGUGUUCCACUUCGCCCGUGUAGUCGUCGAUGAGUAUACCUACCUCGGAGGGAAGGUACACUCUAUGACCGGCGUUGGGUCUUGUCCGGUACUCCACCCAUUCACUGAUUUUGGUUCCGUGAAAACUAUUGCUGCUCACCUCAACAUUCACCUUGGUAUCGACGAUGACAGUGAGGGACAAUCGGCGAUGAUUAAGAAGCGCAUCAGGGAACAGACCAAGGUGGAAGCUUUCCAUUCGUUCCGCGAGGUUCAUACUCAAGAAUGGCACGCCCACCGACAUCGCCUCGGUCCAGGUCUUUUUGGACAUAACAUUGCCGAGAUCGACGAGAUUCCGUGCAGCUUCAAAGUCCAGAAGGUGAUACUUCCAGCUGCUGAACGUGCGAUUUACUUGGAACUGGAGCACCAUCUUCGUGCACUUGACAUGACGAUCAAGCGGGCGAAGAAAACUGAAAGCGACAGAGAGAAGCGCUUGAACAAUGCACUUGGCGAGAGCAAGACUGCUGAAGAAGCACUCUUGAAACGCUGCUCACACUUCGAUCUUGACGUUAAAGACAAGGAAAAUGCUAUGAAAGCAUGUGAAAUCAUCGUCCAAGACCGUACGGAGCAACUCGAAGAAUGUAAAACGGAAUUGUUGAAAGAGCUUCAAAAGGGCGUCAAGCAGGAAAAGAAGAUUGGCAAGCUUGCUGAGGAGUCUAUGUUCCAAGAAUACGCCCGUGUUUCGCGCCUGGAAGGUGUCGGUGACCAAGAAGCUACGGACAUGAUACGAGGUCUACUGGACGAAGCAGAGGUGCCUACUCUCUCUCCCAACCAUUUCACGAACAAGGGCAAGGGCAAAGACGACAACAUUUCCAACUCUGUCAAGGACCUCAUCUGGGAGCACCGUGAACACACGCAUAAUAUUCGUAAACUGACGAAGGAACUGGUCGGUCGUGUGCGUUCACUCCGCUACUUCACUGUCGUCCGUGAUUUGCAGAAGCAACGUGAUACGCCCCCAAAAGUUUCGUGCCCCGGCUGUAAGAGAAACGAAGUACCCAUGGACGAAGUUGCUGUGCUCUCUUCCUGUGGGCACAUGGGCUGUAUGACCUGCGUCAGACGGAGUGCGGACCGAGAGGAGUGUGUAUAUGCCGUAUCCGGGCUGUGCAAGGCUGCUGCCAGAGUGCUUAACAUCGUCAAAGGCGAAACACUUGGCGUGGAUGACGAGGCCCGUGAUGGUAAUGGCAGACAUUAUGGCAGAAAACUCGAGAUGGUCAUUGACUUGAUAAAGAACCAAAUCCCUAAGGCAGAACGUGUUCUCAUUUUCGUUCAAUUCCCUGAUCUUAUGGCGAAAGUCGCCAACGCGCUGAAAGUCCACAAAAUUAAAUUCCUCGAGAUCCACGGUUCGGCGACUCAGAAGAGCAAAAACCUAGAGAAAUAUCAGAACGACAGCGAAGAGAGGGUGCUCUUGCUGAACCUUAUGGACGAGAGUGCUAGCGGCGCGAACUUAACCUCAGCCAAUCAUGCCAUCUUCUUGUCACCGCUUCUUGCUCCGACUCAAGAAAUUUAUGAUGCUUGCGAGACACAGGCGGUAGGAAGAUUACGGAGGUACGGACAACUUCAGCACGUCAACAUUUGGAGAUUCUUGACUUUGGAUACCAUUGAUGUGGAGAUUCACGAACAGAGGACCAAGGAGAAGAUCUGUUGAUUGCUACAUACCCUAUAUUUUUGCAUUUGCUCUGCACCAUCUGGACUAUACUUUACACACAGAUUAGAUGGCACCCAUUGAUCGCGCUCCGCACACAUAAUAGCACGAAUACCUCGA